UCAUAACCCAAUGUGCUGUCUCUCCCUCACACUCUCACUACUCACUACUCACUUACCCUCUUCUUCUCAAUUUUCCAAUCUCAUUCACUUUUUUUCUCUUCUCUGCCACACUCUUCAACCAAAAGUGUAUUUUGCAUGAAUUAAGAAUAUGACUCAGCAGAAUGUGUUAGUUUCUGACACCAAAUCUGGUGUUACUGUUUUUCCAACAACAUCACAAAAACCACCACCAGCACCUGGAGGAGGCUACAUUUCAAUUCAAAGAAGAUGGGUUCUCAAAGACCUUGAAAUCAACGGUGGACAAAGAAUCAAUGCUUGGCUUGAAUCUAUGAGAGCUUCUUCCCCAACUCAUCUUAAAUCCACACCUUCUUUCGCUGAAGAACAAACCUCUUGGAUUCUUCACCACCCGUCUGCAUUAGACAUGUUUGAUCAAAUUAUUGAAGCAUCAAAGGGUAAACAAAUUGUCAUGUUUCUUGAUUAUGAUGGUACGCUAUCUCCUAUUGUUGAAGACCCUGAUCGUGCUUUUAUGUCAGAUUCGAUGAGAAAAACAGUUAGAAAACUUGCAAGGUAUUUUCCAACUGCUAUAGUCACUGGCAGAUGCAAAGACAAGGUAUACAAUUUUGUUCGUUUGGCAGAACUAUACUAUGCUGGAAGUCAUGGUAUGGAUAUUAAAGGCCCAACAAGAAGCUCCAAAUACAACAAAGGAAGCAAAGCUCAAGCAGUUCUUUAUCAACCUGCUAGUGAAUUUCUUCCUAUGAUAGAUGAGGUGUACAAACAAUUGGUAGACAAGACAAAAUCAACUCCUGGAGCGAAGGUUGAGAACAAUAAGUUCUGUGUUUCUGUCCAUUUUCGCUGCGUUGAUGAAAAGAAAUGGAGUGAACUGGCACACCAAGUGAAAUCAGUGUUAAAGGACCACCCCAAGCUUCGCCUUACCCAAGGAAGAAAGGUGCUAGAGAUUCGUCCUACUAUUAAAUGGGACAAAGGAAAAGCCCUUGAAUUUUUAUUAGAGUCACUUGGAUUGGGUAACUGCAGUGAUGUAUUUCCUAUUUAUAUUGGCGAUGAUCGAUCGGAUGAAGAUGCAUUUAAGAAAUUAAGAGACAGAGGACAAGGUUUUGGCAUUCUUGUAUCAAAAUUUGCAAAAGACACAAAUGCAUCUUACUCUUUACAAGAACCCAAUGAGGUGAUGAAAUUUCUUCAACGCUUGGUGGAGUGGAAACAUUUAACUCCGCAACCAUGUUCUCGUGUAUAAUGGACAUAUGAAAUGAAAUGACAUCAAUGUACAAGUUGAAUUUGGGUAAAAAUUAUAGGACAUUUUGUAAUUUAUGUUCUAGUCGGAAGAUCAAACAAAAAUGUACCAAAAAAGAAAGACAAAAGUAUCCUUCAUAGUUUGAAGGAAGUCUACAUUCAUGUAAUUAGCUAAGUAGUACUUUAUUUUCUCUUUUGACAUAUAGCCAAGUAGUACUUAAUGUGUAGUACAUGGGGAAAAAAUUAUGUGGCCCUUAGAUGUAAGUCUGAAUGGAUUAAUUUUAUUUUAUGCUCUUUUUCCUCAUUUCCUCUUUUA